AUGCAUAGGAAAGAAAGGACCAAAAGCUUGAUUUUUUUACCUUAUCUUUACCUUGUUAAUAUGCUAAACAAUACCUGUGGCAAACCAGGGGGGACGAAUGGCCACGUAUACCAAAAGGACGCAUAUAAUGGAAGGACUAAUAGAUUAUUAAAAGGCAAAUUAGCUGUAGAAGAAGAACCCAAAGAAAAGUACAAACUCCUAAGAAAAAAACUGCUAGAAAUAGUGAAUGAAAAUGAUGAAGAUUUUGAAAAACGAUUUAAUACCAUGUUAGAAAAAGGUGGCAUUUUACAGAAUAUAUCCUCUCUACAGCAAUUGAAUGAAAAAUCAAAGAAAUCAUUGUUAUACGAUGGUAGUAGUCAGUAUAGAAAAUCAAAAGGAUCUCUAGAAUAUGAUACCAAUGAUGAAGACAAAUUAACAAGUUCAAAGUAUUAUAGUAAUAGCGAAAAGCCAGUAAAUCUACAAAAAUUUUUCAGCUAUUUUAAAAAAUUGAAUUUAUUUAAAAUUUUUGAUUUUUUUGAAAAAUUAAAGGAAGAGGACAUACCAAAAUAUUAUUAUAAUUCAUAUUAUAGUACUACCACGGGUAUCGCCAAUAGCAUUAACACUAAGGAGGUCGAACAGGAAGCAGAAAAGGAAUUUAGUGAUACCUCCUGUUUCGACUUUGGCCAUGACUUCGAAUCAAUUGCCACUUUUAAAGAUUUUUUUAAACAUAAUGGCCUGAAAUUGUAUCAUUCACUGAAAUCUGUUAACCCGAGUGAAAAAGAACGCGAACCUUUAAAGAAAGAGUUAUCCUCACUUAAAAAAUGUUAUGAUUUAUUGUUAAAACCUGUUUUCACGUGGACAAUGAAUUACAUGAAAAAAUUUGACAAAUUGUAUGAAAAGUCCCUAAUAAAGGUGCUAACAUCGGAAAUUAUGAUGGAUGAAAUAAGUGUCAAAUUACUUUUAAAAAAAUUGAAGAAUUACUUAAUUGUUAUUUAUCCAGUUUUAUCAUACAGUAUCUACACAAUCCUGGUUUAUUUUUUCAAUUUUGAUCAUUUUAGUGUUGCUUCCACAGCUGCAAUGGUUUUAUGCGCCUUAAUAUACGUGAGCUAUAAAUAUAUCAAGUGCACUAAUAACACUAGAUAUAAAGAAUUGUAUGAACAUAAUAGCACACAAGCCGCGGAGUCAUCACCGGACGUUAAGAAAGAUGAUGCUUUGUGA